AAGCAGGGGACCUCGAUCAAUCAUCUGUGAUUUCAGCGACAAAUACUGCAGGGGGAGAGAAUCCAAAGCCCUCCUUUGGGUUUGUCUCUUCCUCUCUCUCCUCCCUUCUCCCACCCACCUCUUCUCUCCUCCUCUGUGGGUGUGUGCUGUGGAGGGGAGGAAGGAAGAGCAAGAACCAGGAGCUGCUGCCAACUCUGCACAGCCUGGGCUCUCCGAUCAUUGAUUGCCCAUCUAUUACCUUCCUCUUUUGUGAUAUAGAAUCCCAUCUCCCUUAUAUAUAUCUUCUCUUGUCUCUUGGCAAUCUCUCCUCUCUUUUAGAUUUCGGGCUUCAGAAUAGCCCUUCGUACCGUAGUUUGAUAAGUAGUCGCUGUUCUUGUUUUUCUUGAUUGGUUAGGGUCUCGAAUUUUUUUGGGUCCUCGGUUUCUCGGUCCUUCCCCCAAUCUUGCAAUCUUCUGAGCUGUUCUUUUUUGCUGUGCGGAGUCAUGGACGAGAGGAUUCCACCGCCCUCCCACUUGCAGUAUUCACCAUCUCCUGUUCAUUCUUCGCCUCAUCACCACUUCAAUUCUUUGAGGAAUUCUUCCUCUGAAAGAGAAAGAUAUCUGGCUGAGUUGCUUGCUGAGAGGCAGAAACUAGCCCCAUUCGUUCAAGUUCUUCCCUUCUGUACAAGGCUCUUAAAUCAAGAGAUUUUGAGGGCAUCCAGUAUGCAACCUAACCAUAACCCCGAGAGGAUAGAGCAUGGUAGCCCAUUAAGGUUACCAGGCCACCCAGUGAAUGGUCAGCCAAUGGAUCUGGAGGGAUGGUCAGGAAUGCAAACACCGCAUAUGGGUGUUAUGCAAGCAUCACCAAUGAGCUGGAAUGGUGCUCCAACACAUUCUGGCCCCCCUGUUGUCAAGAAACUCAUGAGGCUAGAUGUUCCUGUCGACAAAUAUCCUAAUUUCAACUUUGUUGGCCGUCUGCUGGGGCCUCGAGGAAACUCCCUGAAACGAGUUGAAGCCACGACUCAAUGCAGAGUUUAUAUUCGUGGACGUGGUUCAGUUAAAGAUUCUGUGAAGGAAGAGAAGCUGAGAGAUAAGCCUGAGUAUGAGCACCUCAAUGAGCCACUACAUGUGCUUGUGGAAGCUGAGUUUCCAGCAGAUAUUAUCGAUGCCCGUCUAAAUCAAGCUGUGACCAUCCUGGAAGAUCUACUCAAACCAAUUGAUGAGUCGAUGGACUACUACAAGAAGCAACAGCUAAGAGAGCUAGCCAUUCUUAAUGGAACUCUGAGAGAGGAAAGCCCAAGCCCCCACCUUAGCCCCAGCCUCUCCCCUUUUAACUCCACGGGGAUGAAGCGGGCCAAAACGGGACGGUGAUCCGAUUCAAAGUGAGUUCAUCUGAAAAACUGGUUGAUGGUUCAAAUGUUCUGCUGGAGAUGAUUGGUGAUGCAUAUGCUGGGAGGGAUGAUCAUCAGUGCUGGCCUAUGCCUGUCAUGAUCUGCGCGCUUUACCAACCGUAUGAUGAUGGUCCGUGGGUGAAUGAUGAUCUCGGUGGGCUUGAUGUUUUAUUAUUUAUUCUUUUUGCAUCUGACUUCUGAGUCUUAACAUUAAUUAUUGGUUUGGGUAAGUUAACAAGGCCAGUUGGCCAUUCUAGAAUCUGGGAUCCAAUCCAAGUGUCGGACAAUAAUCGGUCAGGUAUUGUACCUGGCUGGAAGAAAUAGCUGUAAUAUGUCAUGGGCUGGUGCUUUUGUGUGUUAUUAGUGGCAGUAGUACAAGACAACCAGACAAUCAUAGCUGGGAGACAGGCUCCAUUAAUGAUUACUCGCAUUCAUAAUUUCUA